AAAUGGUAUGAAUAUUGUCACGUUCACAACAGAUGCUUUAUGUGUGGUGUGCAGUUUAUAUAUCUAAAACAGAACGUUAAUUGGGAAAGAAUAGUUACUUGUUUAAUUACUCGAGGAAUAAGAAUAGACAUUUUGUUAUCUAAACAUUGAAUAUGUUAAUGAAAUUCUCAUGUGUACUUUUGGCUUUGAUUCUAAUUGAAAAUAAUUUUGCUUUAGCACGCGGUCAGUUGUAUUCCUAUAAUGAAGUAAGAUAUACUUUUAUGACAUCACUAAUCAAACAGUUAGGAGAUGGAUCUAACAUCACUGUUAGGGAAAUUGAAGGAUUUUAUUCCAUGAACGAUUUGUUAUGGGACAGGCUUUACAGAAAACCAGUGUUAGACUGUUUGGCAAAUAUGUCAUCUGGAAGUCCUCAAGAGCAAGAAAGUUGUCUUCUGGACAGGUGUUUAGACCCUACAGAUGUGUACAAGUUAUCCGGCCUUUCUAGCAACACAAGUGAUAAAGAGGUAUCCACCAUGUCAAUGAUAUUACUGCACCUUUUAGAAAGCAGAGUGUGUAAACAGAAUGUUGACAUUCAACAAGGUCGAGCUCAGCAACACGACGAACCACCAACAACAAUUGAAACCUGGGGAUACGGAAUUCUGUGUACAUCCGUCAUUGUACUGGCAGCUCUUGGAGGAUUCCUUGCUCUCCCAUUCGUUCAUGGUGUGAACUACAAGAAAGCGUUGAUAUUUAUGGUAGGGCUAGCUGUUGGGACACUUGCUGGUAGUAGUCUGCUCUUCCUUGCACCGGAGGCAUUGGAACUCACAGACCAAGAGAUGAACGAGCAUAAUUAUGUUUGGAAAUGUCUUGUAAUGGUGACAGCUAUAUAUUCAUUCUUCAUAAUAGAAAGAGUUUUGAAAAUGGUCACCGGCUGGAGAGAGCGAAAGAGAAGGAAACCAGUGGAAGAGACGGACAAUAGUAUAUCUUUUAUAUCAUUACCAGUGGAUUCGAAAAAUAGAGUUCCAAACUAUACAGACCUAGAUAACACGUCACGCGAUUCUGGUAUAGAUACCGUUGCAGAAACGACAGAUAAAGACAUUGCAAAUAGCACUGGUACAGAUAUUAAGACGGAAGUGACGGGUAUAUGUAACAAAGACCUAACGGAACAGGAUGGGAAGCACACUGCGCCAGUAGCUUGGAUGAUCUUAUUUGGCGAUGCUGUGCACAACUUUGUAGACGGCGUGUCCAUAGGAGCAGCAUUUACAGAAAGUGUUUUGGCUGGCGUAUCUGUCUCAGUUGCAGUUUUCUGUGAAGAACUGCCGCAUGAAUUAGGCAAGCUUAUUGUACACAUAAACCUCAUUCAGCCACAAGUAAAACUUUAUGUAUUUUCUUUUGCUAUAUCGCAAAACUUUCAUAAAAAGGAGAAACACUAAUCAGUGUUUGUGAUUUGUUAACAUAUACAACGUAUAGAUUUACUUG